GGAGAAGAAGAACGAUGAUGAUCAGAAUCCGAAGCAGAGAUGGACUAGAGCGAGUGAACAUAGAAGGAUCUCACAUCACAAUCUCCCAACUCAAAACCCUAAUCCAAAACCAACUCCAAAUCCCUCUCCACAACCAAACCUUAUCCACCGAUCGCAACCUCCUGCUCGCGAAAUCCCCCAACGACUUCCUCUCGUUCACCGACAUGACGAACCCUAACCUCCCAAUCUCCUCCCUCAACCUCUCCCACGGAUCAAUCCUCUACCUCGCCUACGAAGGCGAGCGCACCAUCCGCGGCGGCCCCGCCGUCACCCCCGCCGGCUCCUUCGGGAGGAAGAUGACCGUCGACGACCUAAUCGCGCGCCAGAUGCGCGUCUCUCGCCAGGAGAAGUCUCACUGCGACUCCGUCUCCUUCGAUCGCGACUGCGCAAACGCGUUUCAGCGCUACGUCAACGAGUCGCUGGCGUUUGCGGUCAAACGCGGCGGGUUCAUGUACGGGACGGUCUCGGAGGAAGGUGAGGUGGAGGUGGAUUUCGUCUACGAGCCGCCGCAGCAAGGGAAGGACGAUGAUUUGAUUCUGAUGAGAGAUUUUGAGGAGGAGAGACGUGUUGAUGCGAUUGCGUUAGGGUUGGGGAUGAGGAAGGUUGGGUUUAUAUUUAACCAGACGGUGGCGCAGGGUAAUAAGGAGUAUACGUUGUCUAAUGUUGAGGUGUUGUUGGCCGCGCGGCUUCACGCGGAGAGUGAGUUGAAGGAGUGGGUUACGGCGGUUGUGAAGCUUGAGGUUAAUGAGGAUGGUGGCGGUGGUGCUGAUGUUCAUUUUGAGGCGUUUCAGAUGAGUGAUAUGUGUGUUAGGUUGUUUAGGGAAGGGUGGUUUGAGACGGAGAUUGGACCUGAGGAUGAUCCUAAGCUCUCUAAGAUGAAGAAAGAGGUUGUUGUUGGUGUUAAGGAUCUUAAAGAAGUUGAUAAUGAUUUCUUCCUCGUUGUUGUCAAGAUCUUGGAUCAUCAGGGAUCACUGUCGUGUACCUUCCCGAUAGAGAACCGAAACAAUCAAACCACAAUGCGGGAUUUGAAAACACAUAUGGAUCGUGCAAGGAGCCUCCCGUUCGUGAAGAGGAUCUCUGAUUUUCAUCUGCUUCUCUUUGUGGCUCAGUUUCUAGAUGUUGGGUCAGAUGUUCCUGCAUUGGCUGAGUGCGUACGUCUUGGGUCUCAUGUCCCUGAGGGCUAUGAGUUGCUCAUCGACUCAAUGGCCAAUACUUCUUAAAUAACACUUCAUUUAUACACGUCUGUCUUUUUAUUUGCUCUCCGUCAGGGUUUAUGUACAAACUUUCGUUAAGUGAUGUUUAAUUCAGAAAAUGGAAUAUCAAAAGCUUAGGACAAGUUAUAUGAGUAUCAAAGCU